GUUUCGUUUAUAAUGCCACCGCCAUUUUUAUAUCAAAAAUCAAAGCAGACCGGUGUUUGGUAAACAAUUUUCGCUGUUUGUCUUUCUGGCACUUUUAUAAAAAUUGUGACGUGGAGCGUAGAAGAAAAUACGCUUUAAUCGUUCGAUAGGCGUCUCACUAGGCAUCAUGGACAUUUCCGAAGGAAGCAUAAACAGGGACAGGUCUCGUUCUCCAAGAGAAAGACCUCCAAGACGUGAGAGGCGCCGCAGCGGCAGCGCUGAAAGAGGUGGCGGCGGUGGCGGACGACGCCGCGGCGGCUUCCACGAGCGGCGUGUUCAGAUCUCAAACAUUCCGUACGAGUUCCGUUGGCAAGAGUUGAAGGAUCUCUUCAGAGAUGAAGUUGGAGAAGUGGCGUUCGUUGAGAUAUUUGAUUCGCCAAAGGGCACCGGUGUCAUCGAGUUCAACUCUCCUGACCUGGCUCGCAAGGCCAUAGAAAAGAUGCACCGCUUCGAGGUGCGUGGCAGGAAAUUGGUGGUCAAAGAGGACACUGGGGAUGAGCCGAGAAGGGCUCGGAGCCCUCGUAGGAGCGCCAAUGAGGAACGUGGAGGUGGCGGAGGUGGAAGUCGAUGGAACUCUAACAAUGACCGAAGUGGUUCUCCAGAAGGUUGGGGCUUCACUUACGGCCUCAGCCCUGCCUUCUUAGAGUCCCUGGACAUCAAGGGACCUUUGGUCAACAGAGUGUUUGUUGCAAAUCUGGACUACAAAGUGGAUGACAAGAAACUCGAGGAAGUUUUUGCAUUGGCAGGAAAAGUGAUCAGAGCCGAGAUCAACAAAGACAGGGAGGGUAAAAGCAGAGGGCACGGAGUUGUUGUUUUUGACCACCCUGUUGAGUCAGUGCAAGCAAUCUCUAUGCUGCACCAGCAAAUGCUGUUCGAACGCUCGUUGAUUGUUCGAAUGGACAGAGUCAAUGACAAGCCAGAAAACAACUUGCCUAGACUUCCAGAUGGGUUGAAGGGAAUUGGCAUGGGACUUGGUGAAAAUGGCAGACCUUUGACAGAUGUGUCAAGGAGCAUUCCGAUGAACGUACAGAAUGCCCAAAUCCAGAGCAUGAACAUGGCCAAUCCAAUGAAUACUAUGAGUGGUCCUGCGAUGGGUCCUGGGCCAAAUAUGGCAGGCAUGGGAAUGCAAAACAUGGGAGGCAUGCCAGCCAUGAAUUUUCCCAACACAAAUAACGCCCCCGCUAAUCCAUUGGCCAACCUGAACAUGCUCCCAGGCAAUCUCCUUGCCAGUCUGAAUUCCGGAAAUUUGGGCAGCAUCCUGAGUGCUCUUGGCCAGAGUGGUGCUGCCGGCUCGGAGUUGGCCGCCCAAUUGAGUGCUGCUGGUGGUUUGGGACCCACAGGUGGAAUGGGACCCACCGGAGGAAUGGGACCAACUGGAGGAAUGGGCCAGACAGGUGGCAUGGGCCAGACUGGAGGUAUGGCUGGUGGCCCUGUCAUCGGGGGUGCCGGAUUGGCAGGACCUGCGCCCACAACAAACAUGGGUGGCUCCAACAGUGGCAUGCCCGGCUACAGCACCGGCAACGUUGCGACCGGUUCUUACUCCACUGGUCCUCAAGGUGGCAGUUCCAUGGGCUCCUCUGCACCAUCUGGCUACGGAAGUAACACCGGAACCGGUACAGGAGGCUUCACAAGCAACAGCAAUGGAAGUAGCAGUGACCGCUAUGGAAGUGGCUCGCAGGGAGUGAACAGUGGAAGUGGAGGCUACAGCUCAGGAAACCAGACCACAAGUUCCACUUAUGGCGGUAGAAACUACGAUAAUAUGGGCAUCAGUUCCCCUUACCAGGGGAUGGACGACAUGGAGUUCAGGAAUCAAGGUUUAAACCAAGAUCAAUCGAUUUUUGGUGCAACUGUUGAUGGUUUGAGCAGUGGUUACAACACUGGCCAAGGAAGAGCAAGUGAUGCCGUGGUUAGUUCUGGCAACAAGGAACCGUCUGACACUAUCGUCAUCAGAAAUCUGCCCCCAUCCGUCACUUGGCAGAAUUUGCGAGACAAGUUCAGGGAAUUUGGCGAUGUCAAGUUUGCCGAAAUCAGAAACAAAGACACGGGCUUUGUUCGCUUCAGUACACACAGAGAAGCUCUUAGGGCUGCAACUGCAAUGAACAGGACUCGAAUUGAUGGCCGCACCAUGGAAGUGACUCUUUUCUAAGGUAAGCAGUCACCUCACAUUUGUUAUGGUUGCGGAAUUUCGUCCUUGUGGAAAAUUGGUUCUCACGCUUACAACCUUGCAAUUUUGUGUAGAGGCGAUUCAGUUGUGCUGCGGUUUGGUUUUCGUUCAAGCUCACCAUCCUGUGUUGAAACCAUAUUUGACUGACAGAACAGUGUUCCAUCUCGGUUUUGUUAUCUACUGCUGAAACAUUUUUUAUUAUUAUUCCUAAUUAUACACCGCCUGCUACCAAUCAAGAUGAGAAGAAGAGGCAAAGGAUUGGAUGGAUUCUUUUCUCAAAUGGUUGGUUGGUUAUUUUUUGUCACAUUUGAGAGUCCACAAAAUUGAAUGUAUCAUCAACUUACUGGAAGACAAUGGCAUUAAGCUGUUCUGACGGCUACAUCUGUUUUACAGGAAUUUUCUGUCCGAUUUGUCUCACCAGCUUAUUUUGUUUAAAAAUUAGAAAUCAAAAUAUUCGGGUCCUGAAAUCACAUCUGUGUAAUUGAUAUUGAUGGUUAAAGCAAUUGUUGUAGGACAGGUCUAGGAGUAACACUUCCUUAAAAAAUAGUUCGACUUAAUAAAUAACCCAAAUUCAAAAUGUACGAUAAAUUGUUGCAUUUAUUUAUUUUUAUAUUUUAUCUUCAGUCUAAAAUGCUAAAAUCAAGGUACUUUUUACCAAUCUUUUAAAUCUAAUAUCAUAUCAUAUUUUAAUAAGUUGGCUUUCAGUCCAGUUCAUUUAAUUUCCAACUUCAGAACUAAUUUUUGAGAGCAAUUUAUGUGAAAUAAUAAUCAUCAGAAACCUUUUAAGUUCUUGUUACUAUUGGAGAGGCUUGAAUGUUUAUGGAUUUUGGAUUGCCACCAAAGGAUUAGCUGUGAUAAUUUGCAAGUUCUUGUUGAUGAGAAUGGAGACAGGUGCAGUGUCGGCGGGAAAAGAAGAAGAUCUCGAGUGUGGUCCAUGGUAGAGAAGAAGCAGAUGUUUUUGGCUCGGCUGGUUUGGACAUCGUUUGGGAAAUUGGCUUCGCGACGCAUUGGUCACUACUUGGUAAGAAAACCUUGAUUUUUGCCUCUCUCUUUUUAAGAAGUGCGCGUGGUUUCUUGCAAUCUGAGGUUUUAUUAUCUACAUGGUUUCUGCAUUGGAUGACAACACUUGUUAACUCGGACCAUCACGGCUUUAGAUUUGCGCAAAAAUUGUAAUCAGAUAAAUUCAGUAAAAAUCAUCUUGGUCAAAAUUGUUUAAAUGUGGCGGCACAUUUGGAAACAAAAUUAUAUUUAAUAAAUUACGGCAAUAUUUUGCGCAAAUCUUUCAAGAGGGUAAAUUUAAAUUUGGAAGAAUCUUCAUAACUGAUGGGAAAAGCGGCUCGGUAAAAUUUAUUCAAGUCUCUCUGAACCUGGGAUCAACACGAAGACGCUGCCAGCACUCAACUCCUGAGCACUUAUUGAUAUAGUUAUCUAUCCACAGGAUAUUCACGUGAUGACGACCAUUCUGGAUCAAAACGUGAAGACUGAUUUCGAGAAGGGUCAAGCAGAGGUGUCUCCUCUGUGUCUUCUGCUGAAGAGGCCAGCUUUGCAAGCCUUUCAAUCCUCAUGAACUUUGGCAUCACGUCAAGGCUCUUGGAAAUGAGAGAGGCGUUUGCUACAGACGUUAUUGGGUAACCAGCACCGAUGAUAAGAAAAGCAGCCGCAAAUGGAAUUAGUUUGGACGAGUCACCUGUUUUAUGUGUGAACUGUGGCGCGUAAUAUACCAAAACGGCAUAACCGAUGGCGAUCAAGAUCAACCCGACCAGGUGGAGAAUCCAGUCGUAGACCACUCGACUCAAAAAGAUCAGCAUCACAAGCAGCGUGAGGCACUCGACACCACUGGCCAUGUACAUGAAACUGAUGGGCACAUCACCGUAGCCAAAGUAGUCUUUCAUGUAGUAAGGUAUCAAUGUCUUUUCACAAUUAAAAAGGAGCGUUUAAUUAUAAACAGAAUUUAAA